AUGCGUAAUCAUACCACACGUUCAGCUGCAGAGGGCGGGAACGGGCUGGCCUCGCCUCCCUUGCAGUUGAGCAAAUACGACGACGACGACUCUCCCAGUCGCGAUGCCGUCUUUGGCGAAAUUUCAGAUGAGGGUCCGGACUACAGAAGUGUCGGACUCAUUGGCACAGCGGGCUUGAUGAUGAAAACGCAAAUCGGACUCGGCGUGCUGUCCAUUCCUGCGACGUUUAAUGCGCUGGGAAUGAUUCCUGGUAUUAUCUGCCUGCUGACAGUCGCUAUCGUCACGACAUGGUCCAAUUGGAUAGUGGGCAUCUUCAAGCUGCGACAUCGUCAUGUUUAUGCCAUUGAUGACGCUGGCGGAAUGAUGUUUGGAGCUGUUGGGAGGGAGUUCUUUGGGUUUGCCAUGUGGAUCUAUUGGGUGUUUGUUUCUGGCGCUGGCAUGCUGGGUCUCUCAAUCGGCCUCAAUGCCGUGUCAAAUCACGGGGCCUGUACGGCUGUAUUCGUUGCAGUCGCUGCAGUGCUAGGUUUCGUUCUCUCAAGCAUCAGGACCUUGGGCCGCAUGAGCUGGCUUGCAUGGGUUGGCGUGAUCAGUAUCAUGAUCUCCGUGAUCAUGGUCACCAUCGCCACAGGAGUCCAGGAAAGACCAGCAGCAGCCCCUAAAGAAGGCGUCUGGGUCUCAGACUACAAGCUCUUCAACACACCCUCAUUUGUGCAAGCAGCUUCCUCAAUCUGCUCUCUCAUCUCAGCUUACGGAGGCACUCCCGGAUUCUUUGCCAUUGUUGCUGAGAUGCGCAGGCCAGAGCAAUACACCAGAGCUCUAAUCAUCUGUCAAAGUAUUGUGACGGUGACCUAUCUCAUUAUUGGCUGUUUGAUGUACUACUUCUGCGGAUCAUAUGUCUCCUCGCCUGCGCUUGGCUCAGCCGGUGACACCAUCAAGAAAGCCAGUUAUGGCGUUGCAAUUCCUGGAUUGAUCGUAUCAAUCACUUUGAUUACUCAUCUUCCCAGCAAGUACAUGUUUGUGCGAUUAUUGCGAAACACAAAACAUCUGUCCUCCAAUUCUCUAGUCCAUUGGAGUACUUGGCUAGGCUGCACCUUUGUCGUCUCCAUUAUUGCAUACAUCAUUGCCAGUGCGAUCCCCAUUUUCUACAGCCUGGUGUCACUCAUCGGGGCCCUUGUGGGUACAUUGAUGUGUUUCCAGGCAAUGGGCUUCAUGUGGUUCUACGACAAUUGGGAAAACCGGACCAUUUCACCCAAAUGGAUAUCAGCGUGUGGCUGGGCUUCAUUUGUCAUUGCUUCAGGGACGCUGCUGAUGGUAGCUGGCACUUAUGGAUCGAUUGUCGAGAUUAUACAGGCUUACAAAGCGGCUGGGGGUUCCGGGGCAUGGUCUUGUGCUGAUAACUCUAACUCUUCUUGA